CCUGCUCCGGUCUCCAUCGAAAGUAGGCGGAGUUUCGCUGGCAGACACGACGGCUCUCCUCAACCUGUGGACCUGUGUGUGAGGACAGCGCGGAGAGGCAGCAGGGAGGGGUAGCCACCGUCACAGCCGCGAUACAGGGCUGUGAACUAUCUGCAGAUUAGCCAAACCACAGGGACAUACGUCCCCCUUUACGUCCAGUUAGCUGCUUAUUAAAUGUAAGGAUGUGUGUAUGGGGCACUGAGGGAGAAGGGCACGUUUAAUGGCAUUCGGGGAACCGUCGCGGCGCUCUCUGGGUAGAAGAGGAGACAUUACGGCGCGAGUUAGCUAACGUUAGCUCGCUAACAAGCAAGCUGACAUGGAUGUUUGACAGGCUGGUACUGAUCUCUUCAUGGAUCUCAGUGGACAAGAGAGAGAAACCUCUGCGUUUGUGAGCAUAACCAAUCAUUAGAGAAUCUGACCCACAAGCAUAUCAUCAAACUGACUGCAGUGCAUGUGGCCUUUUCAUUUGUUUAUCCACAUCUGUUGGGCAGUGCAAAGGCCUAUUGCUAUGCACUGUGAACAAAGAGACAUGAACCGUGGGGAUGCAAGGAGGAGCAAGCUUCUUUCGUGCUGGAUUCUCCCUCUGGUACUGGGGCUUCUGUUGACCCUAGCCCAGGAAGCUGUGCCAGAGCAGCACGAGACGCUGGUGGACAUGAUAUCCGUGGAACUAGAGGCUUCUAUGCAAUCCUCUGUGCUCUCUGAGCUCCAAGCUGCAGUGUCGUCAGUAAGUGAAGGGCCGCCUACAACUGUCCCAGAUUCUUCUGCAAAGAAUGGGGGAGUGCACAACAACAUCCCUGACUCCUCGGCAAUCGUGGGCCAGGUGUUUCAGUUGAAGGUUCCACCAGGACCAGUCUAUGGAGGCUGCAAUGUCCAACUCACUGAGAUAGGAAAAAAGACUCUACCCUCCUGGUUAUACUGGGACAAAGAAACCUGCACUCUGAAAGGCCUGGCUCUGGAGCAAGAUAAAGGUGUAUAUCAUAUAUUGGUGUCAGGAGAGGAGAUAACAAAGAAGACAAGCAACCAAGGGUAUCCCAAUACAGUCUUUUCUAUUGAAGUAUACCCAGAAGAGCGGGCAGAUACUGAACCAGCCCUUCUCACUCUCCAGUCUGAUAACAGUGGUCUACAACCCUUCACUUGUGGCUCUGAGGAGCUUGUCACCGUCCUAACUGUCAUAUUAGAUGCUGACUUGACAAAAAUGGUUGCAGAGCAGAGGGUCAAUUUACUUGGCAUUAUGAGCAAAUUCUCACACGUGCCGUUGGAGCACAUGAGGGUCGUCCCUGUUGUCAACAACCGCUUAUUUGACAUGUCUGCUUUCAUGGCUGGACCAGGAAAUGCAAAGAAAGUGGUGGAGAACGGGGCUCUGCUGUCAUGGAAAGUUGGAUGUGCCCUUGAUCAAAGCACUGUCCCUGACAUUAGCAGUGUCCAGUCCUCUGCAAAGGACGGGACGAUGUCAGCCAGAUUGGGUUUCCCAGUGGUUGGCUGGCAUAUUGUCAACAAAAAGCCCCAUGGGGUGAAACGGGUCAAGCGGCAGUUAUAUAAUACUCCAACUCCUUUCCCAUCCAUUCUACCUCCAACAGUUCAUCAAGAGCCCUUCUCACGUGUUGUUCCUACUCCAACUUCACCCUCCAUUGCCCCAGCAACAGACAACUCUGCUCCUCCUGUCAGAGGGCCUUUGCCUCUUCCAGUAAAACCUACAAUGAGGUUCAGAGAUCAGAUAGCCCACACUCCUGUUUUUGGACCCCCCCAACCCACAAGAGUACUAGGUACAACUAGCACCAUCCCAGUUCAGCCAACAAUGACACGGCCAACUUUUGUGGAGGCCACCGCUUUACCAACUCAACCAAGUACCACCAAGAAACCCAAACCUUCUUCCACAAGGAAACCCAAGAAGCCCCGAACCACCACCCCAGCUCCUCGAGAGCCAAAGUCCACCACUGCAAAGCCACCCAAGCGUACAACCCCCCUCUCUCUGUCUCCUGAUUCAAAUCAGAACCCAGAGAUCCGAAACCCCAUUGACCAGGUGACUGCUUGGGUCGGCACAUAUUUUGAGGUUAAAAUUGCUUCAGACGCAUUCUAUGACCAUGAAGAUGGAACCACUGACAAAUUACGUUUGACUUUGAAGAGGACGCCAAAAGAAACAGUAAAUGAAACCUCAUGGAUUCAGUUCAAUAGCACCAUCCAGCUUUUGUAUGGUUUUCCAGAGGACAAGCAUGAGGGGGGCCAUGAGUACUUCAUGUUGGCCACUGAUAAGGGUGGGAAGAGCAUAAUGGAUGCAUUUGAGGUUCGAGUCAACCGCUGGUCUAACAAUGACAAACCAUCAGUUGUGUUUGCUGCUCGUUUUCACGGUGACCCUAAAAGUUUGAGCAACGAUGUCCAUAAGAAGAUUCUCUUAGCCAAAAAGUUGGCUUAUGCCUUUGGUGAUCGAAACAGCAGCUCUGUGACCCUAAGGAGCAUCACUAAAGGCUCCAUAGUUGUUGAAUGGACUAAUAGCAGUCUCCAGCAGAACCCCUGUCCUAAGGAUCAGAUCACAAUCCUAAGUAACAAGAUCGCAGAUCCCCAAGGAACACCUAAGCUGGCCUUCAUCAAAGCCAUGGAGCCCGAGUUCAAACCCAUUAAUAUUUCUGUCCGUGGCACCAAUAAAUGUCAGAGAUACACAUUCAUCCCGCCAGGAGAGAUUCCAGUUCCUGUUCUUCCCACAGCUAUACCUUCCCCCGGGACAGGUCAGAGGAGCAGUGAUGAUGUUUACCUGCACACCGUCAUUCCCGCAGUAGUGGUAGCAGCUCUGUUGCUAAUAGCUGGGAUCAUUGCAAUGGUCUGUUAUCGCAAGAAGCGCAAAGGGAAAAUGACGAUAGAGGAACAGGCUACUUUCAUAAAGAAGGGUGUUCCCAUUAUAUUUGCGGAUGAGCUGGAUGAUUCCAAGUCCCCUCCAUCCUCCAGCAUCCCUCUUAUCCUUCAGGAAGAAAAGCCCCCUCUUCCUCCUCCAGAGUACCCCAACAUGGCCGGCCCCCACAGCACCCUGCUCAACCAGGAUUUGCUGGAGGAAUAUUCGGUUUAUCAAGAUGAUGAUCCAAAUGCUCCACCUUAUCAGCCCCCACCACCAUUUACUGUUCCCGUUGAGGGCAAAGGCUCACGCCCCAAGAACAUGACAGCAUACAGGUCUCCACCUCCAUACGUGCCUCCCUAACACACGCUGAAGCUUUGGGUUUGUAAAGCAGGUGCACUGUAGGGAUACUUCUCGAAAACGUCUACAGGAGUAAUUUCACUUGUUCAACGAAAUGGCUUUGACUUUGUAGAGGAGCAGGCAACCAUAUAUCUUACCAUCAUCGUGGAUAAGACAAUUUCAUGUACAAUUCACCAACCGUCAAAGGACAACUGGAUGGAAAACGAUUUAUAAUUCCAGCACUUCCUUCUUUUCCUGUCCUUCUGAUCUGCUUUUGACUUCUUGCUUUUUUUUUUGUCUGUUUUUGCCAAGAGGAGUCAAUUUUAUCUUCAAUGAUGUACUAUUUCUAUUGUAUAGAAAAUAAUAAAGAAGCUGAAAAGACUGAAGUCCACAGGGCCUUUGUGCGGAUGUCACCAUGACGACAGACUUGAGACUCUCCCUCACACUGUUAAUCUUUGAGUUCUAAAUCAUUCCCAUCUGCCCUUCAGCUAGGUUUACUAAGAUUUUGCACUUGUUGUUUCUAGAGGGGAUGAAAUACAAAAUUGCAAACUGAGGCAUGAAAUAUUUUAUCUACAGAGAAAUCACUUUAUUACGCGUUAAUGUUUCCUCUUUUCUUUGUUCCCUCUUGACAAUAACAUGCAAACUUUGCCCUUGUGCAAAUUCUUGAUAAACCUUGGGCUAUGUGUAUUGCGCCGAAAGGAAAUAAUUAAGAGACAGACCAAUUAGAAGGUUAAGUGUUUUGUAUCAUUGUACUCACCAUAUGACAAUUUGUCUGGUACUUGAUCAUAAAGGAUAUUCUAAUCAUGCCUGUUGUAGAUGUAGCCUUAUUAGGAUUUUCUUUUUUUUUUUUUAAUAAUUUGCUUUUAUGUGCCACUUAAGCUGCCUGUGAGAUGACUGGGUUUGCUGUUGCCAAGGUGAUGCCUGUGGUCACACAGCAGACCUUUUAGGGUUGCUAUAACAGUAACAAAGGGGCCAUAGGAAUGCUGUUGUUAACAGGAGGCUGAAAAUUUGUCGAAGUGAUUCCACUGUCUUUUUUUUUUUUGUUUUGCUUUUAUUUGAGGGGGUUGGGUGGGCAUAGCACACUGUGUCUGCCUCGAGGUGUUGCACUACUAGGAUUAGUGCACUGCCUGUUGUCAGUUCAAAAGAGGCAUGGGGGACAAGCUGAUGUAUAUAAUUGUGUGCCUGUUGGGGGGGGAAAAAGAGCUCCAUAAUGUUAAUGUUUUAUCACUAAAUCUAGUUGGGUAAUGGGUGGCUUGAAUGAGAAAUUAUUUUUUAUUUUUAUGUCAAGAUUUAAGAUCAUAAUCUCACACACAUACACUCACAGACGUGUGUGUAUAUAUGUAUGUUUGUGAGUUUGAGGGUAGAAAAGAUUGUUUACUCGACCAUCACAGAAAAUAAAGCAUUAUCUUAUCUCUAAUGUGAAGGGGAACAAAGAAACUCAAACAGUAUGUGAAUUAUGUACAUUUCAUAUCUGAUAUCACCUUAAGAAAAAUGGUUGAAAAAAAUCUAAUGUUUUUACUGAGUUUUUGAUACAAGUCUUAAACCUGUUUUAUGAAAAUAUAUUAAUAAAAUGUAUUACUAUUUGUAAAGCCUC